AUGGACCAGUCUCAACUACCAGCGACUCCCGCUGCCUCUCCUCCCCGUCGCCAACACUCCCACUUCGACAUCGGCCUCAUCCUCGGCGACCCCUUCGCCCUCGCAACCACCUCCGUCGCCAUCAUCGGCUGGGUCAUCUCCUUCGCCAGCUCCGUCUCCGCCGACGUAUCCGGCUCAUACCCCCAGUUCUCCUGGUGGGGCCUCGCCUACCAAUUCCUCCUCAUCCUCUUCGUCACCUACAUCUUCUGCCUGCCCUCCCCGUCCGCGUUCGACACCUACCGGCUCGCGGCAGUAGGCUUCUCCGCCGCCGCGAUCGUCUACUCCACAAACUCGACAAACAACCUCGUCUACACCGGCCGCGCGGCCGACGCGGCGGCAGCGGCUGGCUGCAUCUUGCUCUCGAUUAUAAACAUCAUCUGGGUGUUUUACUUUGGAACCACCCCCGACGCGCCUGUCCACGCAUUCGUCGACUCCUACGCGUUAUCCCGCGACCCCGCCUUCCAGAACCCGUCCUCCUCUUCUGCCGGCGUCGCAGCACAAGCAGGCACCCACCGCUCGCACUCAAACUUCAGCACAAACCCCUCCGCCCACGCGCAGGCUGGUCUGGGAGGACAAGCCGGCAUGCAGAUGUACAGCAAACCCCCCUCGCGCCUGCAGAUGCAGAGCGGGUACUCCCCGCGCCCUGUCCCGCCGCCUGCGCCGCCGCACCAGCAGUCUGCGAACCAGAUGUACACGUCCGCGCAGCUCUCUGGGUUCGAGACCGCUAGCAUGCGCGAGCCGAUGCGCAGUCUGACGUACCAGCAGCAGCAGCAGCAGCAGCAGCCGCUUUCACAGCUACAGCAGCUCCAGCAGCAGCAGCAGCAGCAGCAGCAGCAGCAGCAACACCUUCUCGUCGUGCAGUCUACAGGCGGAAACACAACCCGCGCACCGAGCGAUCUGAUGGAACCGCUCGACACGCCGACAGAAUACCCUCUGCGUGCGCGCGCGAUAUACUCAUACGACGCGAACCCGGAGGACGCGAACGAGAUCUCGUUUGUUAAAGGGGAAGUGCUUGAGAUUAGCGACGUCAGUGGGCGGUGGUGGCAGGCGAGAAGGGCGAAUGGGGAGGUGGGGAUCUGUCCUAGUAAUUAUGUGCAGUUGUUGGAUUAA